AGAUGACAGCAUUAUAGUUGUCAUUAUUGAAACAAGAAUGGUAAAUAAUCAGUACAAGUGAUUUAUUAUUUUAUCAUUUAAAACGAAUUUUUAUGUUUUGAAUGUUUUUUACCGCGGAAUAAUAUGAAGCUUAUUAUCAUAGUUACUAUUCCCUUAUAUUGAUAAACACAAAAAAAUUCCCAAUUUUCCCUUUUUUUAAUCCACUGAUAUAAAUUUGUUUGUUUGUGUACAUGGAUAAGUACUUUUUAAUAUUUAACGUAUAAGUGACAAACUUUUAUAAUCCACUAUCAGUAUUUGUUGUAUUUUACACAUACAAAAAUAUCGGUUAAUAUUUGUGAUUAUUUUUUGAUUGGUCUAAAACUUUUCCUGUUAUUUGAUUGGUUGGUUACUUUAAAUGAAACUUUCCCUAAAUAGAAAAUUCCUCAAAAUAUCAUUAUUAUUGAAAAUAAUAAAUUGAUUAAAAAAAUUAAACACCAUUUAUUGAUUAGUUAAAUGAUAUAAUUUGAUAGAUUAAAGUGGGAUCUAUUUAUUCGUAUCAAACAACCGGACUCUCUCUCAUAGUCUUGUAUAUGAGCACAAAUUCUAGCGAUUAUGAAUCAAAUUUAUUAUAUCCAAGUUUACAUUCUAAUCAAAAGGUGAAAGUUUCAGUGUAUCAAACUUGUUCUACCAGUACGGAUCCAUUUAGAAGUAACAAUAAUAAUUACUAUAAUCAAACAAAUUUAUCAAACAUGUCAUAUGUGAAUUCAAUAUUGUCACCUUCUCAACGUACCUAUUUCAAUCAACAAUCUUCAUUUAAUCCUACAUCUAUUACUAACAAUAACAAUUUAAGUAUACUGAAUAUACCUAUUACAUCAUAUAAUAAUAAAACAUUGUACAGAGAAGAUACAAUACACCCUUCUGUUAGUAAUAUAAAUGUGAAUCCAAGAAAAACUGAAACUAUUUUAUGCUUAAAACGUUUAUUCACUUUUUUAUUAUCCCAUGUUGGAUUAGCUGUUCUAGUUAUUAUUUAUACAGUUAUUGGUGGUUCAGUAUUUUAUGCUGUUGAACGUGAACAUGAAUCAGAAAUAAAACUUAAAAUGUUUGAAAAACGUACAAUUUUAGUAAAAGAUUUAAUAUUAGAAUGGCGUAACUCUCAAUUAGAACUAUUGAAUACUAUAUUGAAUCAUGUAAAUAUAAUUCAACAAUUUGAACAAACAAAUUUUGGUAAAAAAUUUAAUAUUCAUACAAAUUUAUAUGAUUCUAUUGAACAUUUAACUAUAAUAAAUAGUCUUGAUAACAGACGUUAUUUAUUUAAUGAAUUAAAAGAUGAACAAAAACAACAAUUAUCUGGUUUAUCAUGGUAUUUAUCAACAUUAGGCUGGCCAAAAAGAAUAUUACCACAAUGGUGGUUUCAUAGGAAUUAUACUCAAUUCAUGAAUUUGUACAAUACUAAUGUUAAUAAAUAUAAUGAAAGAGAAUUACCUAGUAAAACAAUAACAGAUGAUGUAAUAGAUAAGAUGUCAGAUAAUUCAAAUUCCAUACUGACGGACUCUGUGAAUAAUCUGAAUGAAUAUAAUUUAACUACCUCAUCUUUAUUGAAUACAACCAAUUCAAGAACAUUAAUAAACACAAGAACACAGUCAAUAACUCCUUUACCUAUCAACGAUACAUUAAAAUCACAGUUCAAAAAUAAUUCUCAAACAGAUCCUGUAUACUUUUCAACAAAUUUAAUUCAUUCAUUGCCAAAACAUUUUAUUAUACUUACAAAAUUAGAUGAUAUAUUGCCAAUUAUUUUAAAUAAAAGUUUUGAAUUAGAAAAUAAUUUACAAAAUAAAUUAGCAGAAUAUGUUGAACAAAUUGUAAUAGCUAUAAAAGAUGAAGGAUGGAAUGGAUCAGAACAUAAAGAUGAUUUUAAUUGGACAUUUGAAGGAAGUAUUUUAUUUGCUGUCACUAUUAUUACGACAAUAGGCUAUGGACAUGUAACACCUCAUACAAGAUUAGGUAAAUUUCUUACAAUGAUGUAUGCUGUAUUUGGUAUACCAUUAUUUUUUUGUUAUCUUUCAAAUAGUGGUAAUUAUAUGGCAUCAUUAUUUCAAGUAUUCUAUAUACGUAUUUGUCAACCAACAUUUAUACAAUUUAAAAAAUGUAUAAAAAAGUGUUUUAAUCCAUUAACUCAUAAAAAGGUUACACAACAAUUAAAUUUAUCACAAAACCAGGAUAGUUUAAUCAGUGAAAGAAAUAAUUCAAUAUUAUUAUCAUCAAAUUUAGUCAAAUAUAAAAGAUAUAAAAGAACACUAGGUAAUACUACUCAUAAUCAUUCUAUUAGUAGUAGUAAGAUUUGUAAUGAUAACAAUAACAAUCACUUAUAUCAUACUUAUCAUAGUCAUAACUAUGCUAAUUACAAUCCAAAUGAUCAAUUGAAUUAUAAAAAUAUUGAACAAUCAAAUUUAACAUGGAAUGAUAAACAAUCACAAACUUCUUCAUCAAGAUUAUCAUCAUAUAAACCAGAUUAUAUCAUGGAUACUAUAGUAUCUACAAUUCCUUAUAUAAAUAUAAAAAAUUAUUCAACUCAAAGAUUUGACAUCAAUGAUACAUAUUUACAACAAUAUACACCAUUAGAAAGUUUUGAUUUAUCAAAUUAUUAUUCAAAUACAACUCGUUCAAUUUAUGAUCAAUCAUUUAAAGAAUCAAUAAAUACUUCAAAUAACCUUGAAUUACAUUCAUCAAUGAAUGUGAUCAAUAUAGAUCAUCAAUUAAAACAACAACAACGACAAAAUGAUUUAGAUAUAAGGCAUUGUGGAACAAAUGAAUCGAAUAAAUCAUCAAAUGAUACAAUAAAAACAGUUCCAAUAUCAUUAACUAUACUUAUGAUGACUGUUUAUAUAUUAUUAGGCGCUGCUGUAUUUUGUUUAUGGGAAUCAACAGAUUAUUUAAAAUGGUCAUAUUUUUGUUUUGUAACAUUAUCAACAAUUGGAUUUGGUGAUAUUGUACCAGGUACAAAGAUUGAUUCACAAAAUCCAAAAGAAAAAAUGAUUGCUUUAGCAGUUUAUGUAGCACUUGGUCUAUCUUUAUUUGCAAUGUGUUUCAAUUUAAUGGAAGAAGAAGUUACAGCGAAAAUGAAAAGAAUAGGACGUCGUAUAGGUGUCACAAACUCUAAAAAAAAGAAAUCAAAAUCUUAGUUAUCAUUUUAUAUUUCUUUGAUUUCAUCAUUGAAUUAAUCAACUCUGUCAACUCUACUUGAAUCAUCAGCAUCAUCAUCAUUUAAAUUUUCAUCUAGAUGAAUGAAACUCCCAAAGUGGAUGAGAGUGUAAAAUAAAAAUUGGAGAAAAUCAUGGUAAAUAACACCUAACAAAACAGAUUUACAAACGAAAUAAAAAUCAUUUGUAUUACAGAAUAGUCUGAGACUCAAAAUUCCAUGUGAGGGUUUGUCUUGUGACGCAGUUGGCUGCUUUCCUCAAUGUGUGUCCUAUCCACUUCCAGAGUUUCUUCCUCAGAUGGAAUCUGGUUUGUUGUUUCCCACAGUAGAAUGUUGCUGAUAGUGUCCGGCCAACGGGUCCGAAUUAUUUUGCGUAAACAACUGUUAAUAAACCCUCGUAUCUUCUGGAUGAUGGCUUUCGUAGUUCUCCAGGUUCGCGUCCCAUACGAAAGAACUCUCUUGACAUUUGUAUUGAAAUUUCUGAUCUUGCCGUUGGUUGACAAUUGUUUUGAGUUCCAGAUGUUCUUCAGUUGUAAAUAUGCUGCUCUUGCUUUGCUGAUCCGCGUCUUCAUAGCUGCAUCAGAUUCAACGUGUUCAUCAAUGAUGCUGCCCAGACUUGUAUAGGUUCUUACAUCCUCUAAAGCUUCUUCUGAAUGAAUGGCUGCUCUGGCUGUCAGAAGGGGCAUCAGCUUCGUGACUUCCGGAGGAAAUUAGCUUUCUUUAUUAGCAGUCAUAACUCUUCUAAAUGAAUACUUUCUAACUCUCAGUGCAGAGUUUAAAUGGUUUGAAUUAUUUUUCUGGUUAGCGUUUUUUUAUUUAGUUUUCUACGGGAUGGGGUAGCUAACCUCAUGCCCAACCCUCCUACUGUAUCUGGGCAUGCGAACGGCAGUAGCCCCAGAGGGGCUCCAGGAGGAGGUUUCUUUUAUCAAAUAUGCUGUCUAUUAAUCAGUAUUUAAAAUGUUCUUUUGAAGUGAUUUACCUAUAACCAUAUUCGUUUUAUGUGUUAAGAAAUAAUUAAUUAAGUUAAUACGUGAAUUUAUAUCGUUCAAUAACCUGUGUUCAAGGAAAUUUAGUUCUAUAUUCAACACAGUAUCUGAUUAAAUAAGUAUCAAUUUUUCUGGGAUGUACUAUACAAUUUAGAAUACAAACCAAUUUAUUGAAAUAAUGAAUGAUGAUAUACGUUGUAGAUAAAUCAGUAAAUAGAUGUUACCACUUAUGGACUGCGUUUUUUCCGAUGUACUUAUUUACUAUUCUACAUCAAUGGAAGUCACCAUAUCUUAAUACUUUCUUUUAGUAACGCUUCAUCACAUUUCAUUCCUUUAGAAAUAAAAAUGUCUGAGACAUUAAGCUACAUCGUUUGCAAGUUUCGCUGAUCAGCAUCCCGAUAAUUUUUUAAAACAGUGCGUGUGCUAUAACGCCUAUAUUCUAUAUCUUUAGCUUUAACUAAUGAUACGUUCCGACCGGUACGAUUAACCUUGAGGUAACUUAAACUUAACUCUUAUUUGUCCGGCGAUACACAUGCCUUCUUUUAUCCCCGGCCUUGAGCCCGAGAGUAAAAGACAGAAGCCAAACUCCUAUUAUCAUACAUUAUUAUUUUUAUCAUUAGCUUUAUUCAAUAUU